AUGCCCGACAUCGAUCCAGCGGCCUUGAGUCGUUCUAGUGUGACGAACAAGAGUCCAACUCCUGUUUUACCUACAAAAUCACUUACUGCGACAACUCCAGUUCAGAAAUCUGCAAAAAUCAAUCAUGUUCCACCGCGCAUCGACCUUGAACCGUUGUAUACAGCUGUCAAGUCUGCCAUUGGCGAGAACUGGGGGACAUACCAAGAAUCAAUUGGCUUAUUUAUUUUGGGGCGAAUGAACCAAAUUGAAUUUUCCUUCCGAGUUGACCAUUUUAUUGUAACAAAUACUGGUGAGAUCGAACAUCUCCACAACCAACUCAUAUCUGCCAUCUAUGCGAACACAACUCGUGAAAUGCCUGAUCAGGGCGUGGCGAGCUGGGUCAGUGCAAAUGAUAAACCGACAACAGGGGCUGGGAGCAAGCCAGUUAGUGGGGAUGCGGCGGAACAAAGACUCAAGACAGAGGUUAUGCAAUUGCCGAGUCGUGAUAGAAGAAGAUUGAAGGAUCUAUCUCAAAAUGAUUUCGACCCAUUUGAUGCGUUUGCGACAAUGCUUACAGAGCAUCGCCGGCCGAAGCCUGCAAGACAGCCAGAUUCUGUACCUGCUAAUGCUGGGGGUCUGAACAAAACGAAUUGGGAUUUGGAAAUUCGGAAGAGAUAUACUUUACCUUUAGCCUCGGAAUCGGGAGAAUUUCCCGACAUGACAACGAUCGAGUCGCGUAUGCUUCCCAUAUGCUAUGAAACAGGCUUAGUCAAUGGGCAUGUUCAAGAUGCAGCUCAGUUUAUGUCUGUGGCGACCGAAACAUUUAUUAAGGAGGUCCUAUCAUCGAUAUUCAGCAAGACGAGAAUCAACGGGCCUGGCUCUACAGGUAGUGCGGGAACGGGUGGGGGUUCCUCUUGGGUUCAAACACACAAAUAUCGCAGACAAUUAGAAAAGGAGGAAGAGUCCUGGAUGCGCAACGAAGUCCUUCGAGACAAAAAUGGCUUGUUACCCGCAGAAGCUCGCGCAGCAAGUGAACGAGGGCCCCUCGGUAUGGCCGAUGUACGAACCGCGCUUGAGAUUGCAGACUGUGGUUUAGGACAAAUGCCAGUCGUUGUCCAGCAAAUAAUGUUCGGAUACCAAGAAGGCGAACUAGAAAACUGGAACGAGUUUUCUCGACUUGGGCCCGAAGGAACAAUCAUUACUGAGGUUGAUGAUGAUGGUGACGUUGAGAUGGGUGGUCUCGAAGUCAAUGGUUUGAGUAAUGGUGUCAAUGGACACGUAAUCGACGAACCAAUGAGUGAUUUCGAAGACUGGGGCUGGGAAGGGGCCGAAUACCAAGACCGAGCUGCCUUGGAUAUGGUGCUAGAUUCUUGUCUAGCAAUUGGAGCUUGA